UUAAUAUAUAUUUUUGCGAAACAAAUCAAUACUUGUAGAUAUCUGGGUGACAAAUAAUGCCGUUUUAUAGGAAGCCAAAAACCUUUACACCUUUACUCAUAGCAGCUGAAAAGAAAGCGGUGAAAAAUGGACUGCACCAUGCAAUAUUUACUUCCAGAUUCGAUAGAUAUGUUGGCGAUUGGAAACAAGAUUUGAAGGAAGGAAAAGGGCUAUUUCGCACUGUUACCGGAAAAUUAUAUGAAGGCGAUUGGCAUUUAGGAUUUAGGCAUGGUUUCGGCGCUUUAAGCAAACUUAAAGAAAAUGGAACAUACAGUUUAGAGUAUCGAGGGGAAUGGGUCAGAGGCAAGCCCGAGGGGGUGGGCUGGUGGUAUUACGACAAUGGAGAUGUCUACUUCGGGUAUUUUAAAAAGGGUUUGCGACAUGGCUACGGCAAGAUGUGGUAUAAAGAUGGAACUUUCUACGUCGGCUAUUGGGACAAGAGUUUGAGACAUGGCUUGGGCAUGUUUGUACAAGCUAAUGGUAACCGUUACGAAGGCCACUGGGAGGACAACGUGAAGAAUGGAGUGGGCCGGUUCUACCACAUGCACACGGGGCAGCUGCAGGAAGGCUGCUGGGUCAACGAUGUCUGCGUCAAGUCCAAGAUGUCCGACAUUAUAAUCAGACAGUUCUGCGAUUACCCGACGGAGUAUCCUAUUCCCCCGGAGCAAUUACAAGAUUCAAGACGAAUUUUAGAACUUAGCGAAUUAUGGUUAAAACAGAAAAUUGGCGAAAUAGACAAACAACUGAAGUAUUGUAUUGACCAAAUGUAUUAGAUUUAAACAGAUCAUAAAACAUACA